AACAUAACCACGAAAUACACGAAAGUGCUUUUGGUGUCACACUGCUACCGACUGCCCUGAAGCAGUCAGCUGACUGAACCAAACAGUAGCGCUGGACUUGCAACAGGAAAUACAUGAAAUACUGUUCAUUCAUACUCAGCUGUGACCAUGAAGAAGAACAAAGGCAAACCAGGCAGUACUGCUGAGAAGGAGUUUGUGUUUGAGUUCAGGGCAGGAAAACACAACUGUGUCCUCAAAGUGCCUCUCAAGUUCCCUGUUCAAGAGAACAUCAGUGACCUUCAUGGACGCCUGAUGCUGCUGCAUAAAAUACCCUGCUAUAUAGAAAAUGAGCUAAAAACUUCACUUUCCAACUUCAUUGAGAAUGAGACCAUCCUGGACUUUGACAGAGAGGCAGAGCUGGCCCUGCAGAGACUCACCACAGGAGAUGUAGAUGUAAACCAACUCACCAAUGCGUGGACCAGGUCUUAUGUGGAGACCACACUGGAGCAUGCUCGGCCUGAAGAACCCAGUUGGGAUGAGGACUUUGCUGAUGUUUACCAUGAGCUGAUCCACUCCCCUGCCUCAGAUACUCUGCUCAACCUGGAGCACAACUACUUUGUUAGCAUCUCUGAGCUCAUCAGUGAGAGAGACAUGGAGAUUAAGAAGCUUCAAGAGAGGCAAGCAGCUGAAAUGGAUAAGGUGAUGCACGAGCUGGGGAAUACUUUGAGUGACCAGGAUGUAAAUACAGUGGCAUCUCAGCACUUUGAUGCACAGCAGGUGCUGGAGAACAAGUGGGCCAGUGAGCUGAAGCAAGUUACUGGCAUCCAGAAGCAGGAGUACCAGGAGUGGGUCAUUAAACUGCACCAGGACCUGCAGAAAUCCAACAACAGCAGCAAAAUAAAUGAGGAGAUUAAGGUGCAGCCCAACCAGCUGUCAGAGCUUGCAGAUUCUGGAGCUAGGAUGUUUGAGGAACAGCCUCAGCUGGAGGAGAGUUUCACCAUACACCUAGGAGCACAACUUAAGACGAUGCACAACCUGCGGCUGGUCCGGGCAGAUGUGCUGGAUUUCUGUAAACACCGCCGGCACGGGAGCAGCGGAGCAAAGCUGCGACGGCUACAGACAGCUCUUUCGCUGUACUCCUCCUCGCUCUGUGGUCUGGUGCUGUUGGUUGACAACAGGGUCAACUCCUACAGCGGCAUCAAGAGAGACUUUGCAACUGUGGCGAAGGAGUGUACAGACUUCCACUUCCCCUGUCUGGAGGAGCAGCUGGAGGAGGUGCAGCAGGUGGUGCUCUAUGCCAGAGCCCAGCGGAGCAGCAAGCAGAAAGACCAACCUGAGAUCCCAAGGAAUGGAGGUGAUGAUAAGAGCAAAAAUGUUGAAAGAAAUCCCUCUAACAUCUUACCAGGUGAGUUCUACAUCUCGCGACACUCCAACCUGUCAGAGGUCCAUGUUGUCUUCCACCUGUGCGUGGAUGACAACGUCCGAUCAGGGAACAUCACUGCACGUGACCCGGCCAUAAUGGGCUUGAGAAACAUACUGAAGGUCUGCUGUACACAUGACAUCACCACUGUCACCGUCCCUUUGCUGCUGGUCCACGACAUGUCAGAGGAGAUGACCAUACCCUGGUGUCUCAAGCGAGCUGAGCUGGUAUUUAAAUGUGUCAAAGGCUUCAUGAUGGAGAUGGCCUCUUGGGAUGGAGGUAUAUCACGCACAGUUCAGUUUCUAGUGCCAAAGAGUAUCUCAGAGGAAAUGUUCUACCAGUUGAGCAACAUGCUGCCUCAGAUCUUCCGUGUCUCUUCCACCUUAACUCUCACCUCAAAGCACUGAUAGCUAAAAGAGAUGCACCACGUGGCAUUCAGAGACACAUUCAUUUUAACAGCUUUGACCAGUUAUGUGAUUUGGUGAAAUGACACAUAACCCUCGUUCACCUUUUAGAAUUAGGACCGAUGGGUGAAAUUGGGUUUGAAAUUUUUAGAUGGCAUUAUAGCCCUUACAGUAGAGGUGCAAAAAGGAUUUUAAUUGAGAAGGGACAUUUUUAUGCAAUUGAUGAGCCUUUUUAUUUUUGCACCUUUCAAAGCUACACACGCUAUGAAUACUUCUUCAAAGAGAGAGGACUGGAACCGGUGGCUCACACACAAAGCAGCUGCUGCAAUUAUGAUUUCAAGCUUCCAGGGUGUGGUUCUGGUGACAGAGUUUUAUGACAUCAGCUGCCAACGCUGCGACUAUUACAGUUUUCCUUUAAAGCUACAAUCUGUAACUUUCCUCAUGUUCGAGCUGCAGCAUAACGGAGCAGCCGGUGUUGUGUUGGCGAAGUUGGUACACAGUGAAAAUGAUGACAGAUGAUGUGAAUGUGAAAACAAGUAUUGUUUACUAAAGUGAUAAAGUUGAACAGAAUAGGCACUGGCAAUUGGACCUAAUUAACAUUUCUCAAUAGCAGAGUUAGCAACCAUGCUAAAUGUGACAUUUGUAGUAUUAUCCCCAUACAUACAACCAUACAGAUGGAUAUUGUAACAAUAUAAUCAUUACUAAAAAAAAAACAUUACACAUGAUUUUUACUUUCCAUGUAUGAAGCCCCCGUGGACAUCAUGUUUCAUCUUUUGAAUGAUCAUGAAUUAGUCACUAUGGGUGACCACACACUUCAGCCAUUUUAUGAGAUUUAACAUUCUAAUCCCAUGGGUAAUCAGCUUCAUGUUUGAGGGUUGGGUCUUCCAGAGAGAAGUGACAUGUAUUUGGCACUAGCAGUCCUAAAGACAAAUGGUAUUGCUGCUGAAAUGAGCUAUGUGCAGGUGUUUUUAUACUGCAUUGCAGUGAGUUGUAGCGAGGAUCAUUCUUUGUGUGAGUGUGUGUACACGUGUGUGGUCCCUCCCCACUACCUCUGUUAACAGCAGAUGGCACUGUUCAUAAAGACAAAGAUGUGAAAAGGGUGACUACACAGAUGCUUACACGCUUACAUGUUUAUUAUUAUGAGAUAAAGUUUUAAUGAGGAUCUGUUGCCUAUUGAAAUUCAUCUGUAGUCUGUAAUCAUCAUGAGCAAGUACAGCCUCAGUAGUCGUACCUCCACUGGUAAAUGUUUGUCAAAUGUGUUGAACACUUGAACCUACUAAGAUGUGUGUUCUGUAUAUUCACUGUGUAUAUUCAAUGUUUACAUUUGUAUGUUUAUUAAAGUUACAGACUCACCAUA